AUGGUCAUCCCCAACUCCUCACCCCCAUCCAAAGUUCCUUUGGAACGGGAUGAGUACGGAAAUCCGCGGUUUCAUGGCUGCUCAAAUAUUCGAGAGUUCGAAUUUCUGGGGAAGCUUGGAGAGGGUACAUUCGGCGAAGUGUACAAGGCUCGCUCCAAACGGUCGGGUGCCAUAGUUGCAUUGAAAAAGAUACUAAUGCAUAAUGAGAAGGAUGGGUUUCCUAUAACAGCCUUGCGGGAAAUAAAACUUCUCAAGAUGCUUUCGCAUCCGAAUGUUCUACAACUUCAGGAAAUGGCGGUUGAGCGUCCUCGAGGUCUUCUAGAAAACCCUAGCGUUCACUUUACCGAACCCCAGAUCAAGUGUUAUAUGCUGCAACUCUUAGAGGGUCUACGAUUGCAGAUUUCGGUCUGGCUCGACCAUAUGACGAAUCGCCACCCAAACCUGGCAAAGGAGGCGGUGAAGCAGCCGCCAGAACUCCUACUUCACCUUCGGAAAUAUACUACCGCAAUCGACAUGUGGGGUGUCGGCUGUGUGUUCGGCGAAAUGUUCAAAGGAAAGCCAAUUCUCGCUGGCAGCAGUGAUAUAAACCAGGCUCAUCUCAUAUUCAGCCUUGUUGGCACCCCGACGGAAGAAAACAUGCCGGGAUGGAGUUCAUUACCGGGUUGCGAUGUUGUGAAGAAUUUCGGGAGCAAGGAGCAGGAGUUAUAUCUCUCCUAA